AUGGCCAGCCCGAAUCCACCCUCAGCCAAGCAGGACCCGCCCACCCACCACCACCACCACCACCAUGGACCAGGCGCAGACGAGGACGAGCAGAAGGCGUUGCUCGAUGCGCUUACGGGAAGCUCCGACAAGGGGAGCAGGGUCACCCUGCUCGGCCUGGCUGCAAACAUCGCUCUCACCGCCGUAAAGGGCAUCGCGGGGUAUCUGCUUGCUUCAGCGUCCCUGAUCGCCGAUGCUGGCCACAGUCUCUCAGAUUUACUCGGCGAUCUCAUCACCCUGUUUGCCUGGAACUGGUCCCGGAAGCCUGCGGACAGGGACUAUCCUUUCGGCCAUGGCAAAUUCGAGUCUGUAGGGUCUUCGAUUGUCGCGUUCUUCUUGAUCAGCGGGGGCUUUGGAAUCGGUCUACAUUCCUACACACUCAUACUGCCGAUCCUAUCACGGCAGUUACCGGGGCUCGCAUCAUAUCUGCCAAACUUCACCUCUGACCAUGCUCACGACCACGAGGUGGAUAUCCGGGCUAGCUACUUCGCCUUUCUGAGUAUCAUCGUCAAGGAGACACUCUAUCGAAUCACUUAUCAAGUCGGGAAAGCUGAAGACUCCAAGGUGCUCAUCGCCAAUGCGCUCCAUCAUCGAAGCGAUGCGUUUAGCAGCUUUGUCGCUCUUCUUGCUAUCGUAGGAAGUUGGUACGGUUUAACGAUUCUAGACCCGAUCGGGGGGUUUAUUGUAUGUUCGAUGAUCCUACGAAGCGGGCUAGCGAUCGGAAAGAGCUCGAUAGAAGAGCUCCUUGACAAGCGGACGGAUGUGUAUCUGAACCGGGAUGUGGAGAACGUCCUGCUGAGCAACCUCGAGAAGCUCCAGCAAGACAAGUUCACGCUGACUGUCCAGCAGGUCAAGCACCUCAAGAUCGGGCCCAAGGCGCUCGUCUUCCUCGAGCUCGGCUUGGCCCCGCCUGCAAACUCCCACCAGUCUGCUGCCGCUGAUGGCCUCCAUUUCACCGACUGGGUCGUCAUUCAGCAUAUGCUCUCCGGCCUCAUCCUCAAGGAAAUCAAAAACGUCAAAGAUGUAUACAUCCAAUUCAAAAUCAUCUAG